UUUGAAUUUAAAACAAGUGGUGUAUGUUUAAUAUGGCUUACUGAAUGAAGUCCGUUGGUUUUCGAAAACCAGUCAACCUUCAUACCGAGGCCCUACAUACAAGAAUAGUAUCAUAUCUCUAUCUACCUUGCCAGAAAACUAAUGCACGCCCCUGCAAAGGAGCCUCCCACUGGUAGCAUGUACGAAUGUGGUGUCUGGUUGCAGUUGCCGAUUCACCCUCUGCUCGCGCAGGCCCGACAAUGUUGAGAUCGGGCGCGGGUCACCCGGAUGCAGCGCCUUCGCCAGGCGAGAGCCGGCUGCGAGAUCUCUACGUCACACUGAACGAGUACCUCAUGGUGGAGACCAAGUUCCAGCCGAAGCUGUGUCUGCCGCAAGACUCUGAGGUGGGCGAGGUGACGAUUGGUGCCAGAGACGGUGCUGCUCAUGUGCUGAGGAGUCUGAAGCUCUGGUUCGACCUUCCGACUGACGUCCUCAUCGGAGCAAUCAGCCUGUUUGAUCGGUUUCUGACCAAGAUGAAGGUGAGGCCAUGCCACGUGCCAUGCAUCACUGUUUCCUGCAUGAACAUUGCCAUCGAUGAGCAUGCCGAGAGGACCAAGCAGCCCAGGACUGUGUCCAUCGAAGAACUGGUGUCGGUGUCCCAGUCUACUUGCACUGUGGGUGAUGUUCAGCGUAUGUCCCGCGUGGUGGCUGAGAAGUUGUCCCUGGCCGGGGGCGGAGCCCUACACGUGGCACACUGGCUGCGACUGUUCGCCGAGUUACUCCACGCGCAUUGCUCUGCCGAGAACGUACUACCCACUUGGUCCGAAGAGAAACUGCUGAAGCUGGUUGAGAUAGCAGUCUGUGACGCUGCAUGUGUCAACUGUCGCUGCAGUGAACUGGCUCUUGUCAUACUGUACCAUCAGAUCGAGCUGGAGUUAGUGGAGUUGAGUAGGGAAGGCAAGCCAGUGCCGGACGAAGCCUACUAUCUGUACGAGAUAGCGGCGCACAUUCAGGCGUAUUGCAACAUGACCGAUGGCGGACUGGUGUCGACUCGUGAGCGACUUCGAGCGGUGCUGGCUCGCUACGAGGACCGACAGGCCGCCAGAACUCGCCAGCGGCUCGUGUGGCGCCUGUCUGAGAGAACCCUGAAGGUCCUUCGUCCGACAGACCGUCUGACGUCACUGCUGCCCACCAUCGAGGAGCAACACUUCGCCGUCGACGCCACGCCCAGUAGAAACAGAUCAGGAAGCGAAAGCGAAGAAACCUCCGAUUGGCCGCGCAGUCCCGUGCUGCCAGUUUACUGCGACAACUAGCACCGAAACAACGCUCAAGCCACGCCUUAGUAGAAUUAAAUUAAAAAAAAAAUAGCGUGUACUUUUUAUUUGAUAAUUAAGCGCGUACGCAACCUGACAUUCACAAUUCAAAUAUCUGUUUUGACGAUGGCAGCACGGCUCCCUCUGCCCUUUGCCUUUCCCAUAAAAAAAAAACAAAUAUCUUAUAAUUUGACGUUAGUAUGACAUGUAUGUCUAAAUUUACCAAUUUGCCUUUCUCGGUUCUGACUUACUGUGAGAGACAUUAAUGAAGACAUUUAUUUUAUUAAAUUAACCCCAAUAGUGAUUAGAUGAAAAAAUUAUGCGAUCCUACUUUUGACUGUUCAAAAUUCCGUGAUACAAGUUUUUAUAAGUCUAAUUGCUUUUCGAAUUCACCGCUUAUGUGCUUAGAAUUUAGGAAUCGGUUUGACAUUUCGAUAGUAUUAUGUAUAAUAUUAAUAAUAAUGUGUAUAUAUUUUUUAUUGCAAGUGAGGGCAAUGGUCGUUUAUAGUAAUUAUUGAAGAGCUUUAAUUGUAUUUUUUUUAAUGGUUUGGAGUCCAAUGUAGACGCGGCGCGGUAACUAUCGUAUAUUUUUUUUUGAGCGAGGGUUGCUAAUUUUCAAAUGACACAUUGAUCUUAUUGCAUUUAUAUCGAGAGUUACAAUCCCGCGUCACGAAAAACGAGCAUUGCUCUACGAAGUAGCUUUACUGUGAUUUUAUAUUCUAAAAAAAAAUAUUUAAAAAAAAAAACAAUGUUUUUAUUCCAUAUUUCGUAGUUUAAGCUGUACUUAGUGUGAGUGACUUUUAUGUCCACCGAUUGUAAUCUUAAAUCGAAAUUUUUUAAUAUAAAUUUUUGAACUAGCUCGGCCGGGUUUUAGAAUAAUUAUUAUUCGAAAAAGUAAUUGAUAAUUUUUUGUAGUGUUAGACUUAAUUAUUCGUAUAGUAUAAAUAUAUAAAUAACAAAAAAAAAUACAUAAAUUGAUUGAAAAAAUAAAAAAAAUUGAUCUCAAUUCAUAUUGUAUAACAUUGUGUAAUUAGUCACUUUUUUUUCUUGGUGUAUGUGUGUAAGUAUAUCCGUGUAUUGUCCGUACGGAAACUUGAAUGGUCAGUUAAAAAAAAGUAUGUUUUGUAAAUAUUAAUAUUCGCGAACGCCUUGUUGAUAAUAUUUUUGAAUAAAUGUGUGUGUGUGGAAUUUCUCGUUGAAUAUUAAUUUUGUUGUCGAUUUAAGGUACAAAAAUUGAAAUAAGUUUAAAUGUAAGUUCAAUUUGGUUUCAAAUUUACGAGGAAAGUUUAUUUCAUUUAUCUGUUCAUUUAAUAAGUAACAAUACUGUCGAGAAAUUUUCGCUUUGUAACACUGUUUUAUAUAAAAAUAUUAUACAUAAGAGAAUUGUCACAGAGAAUCACCAGUUUGUGAAAUGUGUUCAUAAUAUAAAUAAUUUGUGCAUUUAUGUUUGUAGAUGUGUGUGCGCCCGUUCUAAUUUUGUGCAGCUAUUUUUUAACAGCGAUUUCUUUUCCCAAAUAUAUUUUUUUACUAAUAGACGUUUUAUGAUAAUUUUAGCAAUUUAUAUUUUUGUUGUAGAUAGUAGUUUUCAGUGGUGUAAAAUCUUGUUGGUAUUUCUUUUUUAAAUUAGUUGCGCAAUAUUGGAACGUGUUUGAAUUGUAAUGGAAAUGUGAACUCGAAAUAAUAGUAAACGAAAUACGACCUUA